AUGAAAAAAAAGGUAGAUAAUAGAAUAAAAAUAUUGGUUGAAAACAAUGUAGCAUUGGGUCAACGAAGUAUGUUUUUAGUAAUAGGAGAUCAAGGAAAAAAUGUAGUUGUAAAUUUUUAUUUUUUAUUAAGUAGGUUAGUUAGUAGAUCGCAUAAUAUAUUAUGGUGUUAUAAAAAAAAAUUAGAUUUUUCAACAAGUAAAAAAAAAAGAUUUCGUGAGAUGAAAAAAAAAAUAAAAAAAGGGACAUUUGAUGCAACUGUUGAUAAUAAUUUUGAUUCUUUUUUAAAAAAUACAAAUAUAAGAUUUUGUUUUUAUAAAGAAACUAAAAAAGUUUUGGGAAAAACAUAUUCAAUAUGUGUUUUACAAGAUUUCUCAUAUAUAACACCAAAUAUUUUAUGCAGAUGUAUUGAAACAGUAAUUGGUGGUGGAAUCAUUAUUUUUUUAAUUAAUAAAUUAGAUGAAUUAAAAGAUAUUUAUAAUUUAACACUAAACUAUCAUAAAAAGUAUACAAUGAAUGGAAUAUGUAAUGCAUAUAAUAAUUAUAUUCAUCGUUUUUUUCUUUCUUUAAAUAAAUGUAAAAAUGCUAUGUUCAUUGAUGAUGAAAUGAAUAUAUUACCACUGAAUGAUAAUCAUUUGCAUAUAAAAAAAAUUACAAAUAAUUUCAAUAAUGAUUCAAUAAAAGAAAAUAAUAUGAAUAAUUUUCAAAAUAAGGAAAACUUUUUAGUUACCGAUAGAAAAUCAGCAACAUUAGGUGGAUUUUUGUGUCCUGAUAAAAAUUUAUUAGUAGAAAAAUUGAAAUUUUUAGAAAAUAUAUGUGAAGAAAAUGAAAAAAAAAAAGAAGAAAAAAAAAUAUUUUUAUACUCUUCAAAAUUUUAUGAUGGAGAAAAUUCAAAAAAAGAUGAGAAUGACAAUAUUACUACCAAUAAUGAUAGUAAUAAAUUUAUGUAUAGUUUUUUAGAUAGAAAUAUAAUGAAUUUGCUAAAUAUAUGUUUAAGUAUUGACCAAUUAGAAAUAUUGUUAAAUAUGUGCAAAAUAUUAAGAAAUGAUGAAGAGAAAAAAAAAAAUAUAAAAGAAAUUAUUUUUAGUUUAUUAGCUAAUAGAGGAAGAGGAAAAUCAGCUACAUUAGGUUUGUUAUUAUCUUUAAGUAUUUAUUUUAACUAUAGUAAUAUCAUUAUUACUUCAGGAAAUAAUGAUGGAAUUCAAACCGUUUUUGAAUUCUUAGAUAAAGGGUUAGAUAUUUUAGGUUUUAAAGAAUUUAAAGAUUACGAAAAGAUAUAUGAGAUGAACAAAAUAAAAGAAAUAAUAAUUUUUAAAAACAUAAAGUACUUAAAACAAAGAAUAAGGUAUUUAGAUAUAAUUGAAGACGAAAUUUUAAAUUGUGAAUUAAUGAUAAUUGAUGAAGCUGCAUGUAUUCCUAUAGAUAUUUUAAGGAAUAAAAUAAAAGGGGAAAUAACUAUUUUAUCAACUACUUUAAAUGGUUAUGAAGGAACAGGAAAAACUUUUACAUUCAAAUUAUUGAAACAGUUAAAGAAAAGAUUCGUCACACAAUUGACAUAUGAAGAAUUCAAAAAUAUGAAAUAUUUAUACUUCGAUAAAGCUUUUGUUGACUUAAGUUUAAAUAAUCCCAUAAGAUAUAGCUUCAAUGACGAAAUAGAAAACUGGUUAAAUAAUUUUUUAUGUCUUAAUUGUAAUGAAGUUUCAAAUUUAAAAGAUAAUUUAUGCGCACCUCAAAACUGUCAAUUAUAUUUUGUGAAUAAAAAUAUUUUUAAAAACUAUAAUAGUACUAGCGAAAAUUUAUUGAAAAAAAUUAUGACUUUAUUUGUGACAUCUCAUUAUAAAAAUACGCCAAAUGAUUUAAUUAUGAUAUUAGAUUCACAACAACAUCAUUUAUUUAUUCUUAUUAACAAUAAUUCAUCGACUGAUAAUAUUGAUAAAAUAGAUAUAUAUGGAGUUCUUCAUUGUGCUAUCGAUGGUAUUAUUAACCAAAAUAAAAUAAAAAAAGCUGUUAAAUUAGAAGAUAUUGUUGAUAUAAUGAGAAAUAACAAAAUAAAUGAUCAAACUGAACCUAAUCAAAAUUAUUUAAAUGGAUAUGAUAGAAAUAUAAAUAAACACAUUAAUGGUACUCAUAAAGAUAAUGAUAAAAAUGUUAUUAAUUGCAUAAAUGAAAAUAGUAUUAAUUAUUCAAAUGAUAGAAAUAACAAUGAUUCAUCUCAAAUAGAAAAAAAUAACAUACUGAAAAAUAAUGAUUUAUUAAAUAAAGAAUUUGAAGGAAAUUUAAUACCAUAUAUAAUCAGUGAUUAUUUUGAUUUUUAUUUUUAUAAUUAUAUUGGUAUACGAAUAGUGCGUAUUUCUAUUCAUCCAUCAAUACAAAAUUUGAAUUACGGUUCUGAAUUUUUAAAGAAAAUUUAUGAUUACUAUAAUAUUUAUAAUUCAAAAGAUAGAAAAGAAAAUUCAUACUAUAAUGAAAACAUAAUUUUAUAUAGUUGUAGUGGAAAUAAUAUAUUUUUUGAUGAAAAAUUAAAAAAAAUUGAUUAUAUUGGUACUUGUUUUGGUUUAACAAAAGGAUUGUUGAUUUUUUGGCAGAAAAAUAAAUUUAUUCCUGUAUUUUUAAAACAACAAAAAAAUGAAAUAACAGGAGAAUUCAGCAUUUUAAUGUUAAAACAUUUAAAUGAAGAAUUGAAAGAUUUAUUUAUAAAAUUUUAUUAUGACUUUGUCAGAAGUUUAUGCAAUUUACUUCCAUAUUCAUUUAAAAAGCUAGAAUCUUUUGUUGUAUUUAAUUUAUUACAUAAUACAAUACAUUCAUCAAAAAAUAAUGAUAAACAAGAUUUAGAUAAUCAACAGGAUAAUAUUUCAUGUUUUUAUGAUAAUACUUUAUUAAAUGAAAAAUCAAUAUCAUAUUUUUUUCAUUCUAAUGAUAUUUGCAGAUUAAAAAGAUUUGUUAUGGAAGGAAGAAAUUUUUAUGAAAUUUUAUAUUUAUUAUCUACCAUAUCUAUUUUAAUAUUAUUCAAAAAAGUUCAAAUUGAUUUAAACUUUUUAGAAUAUACAAUUUUAUAUGCUGUAUCCUUUCAAAAAAAAACUUGUAAAGAAAUAUCUGAUGAAAUUAAAAUUAAUGUAAAUCAAACCAAUGCCAUAUUUAGAAAAAUUAUUCAUCGUUUUUAUAAUUUCAUCAAGGACAUAAUGGAAAAACAAAUAGAGAAAGAAGUAAAUGAGGAAAUUAAGGAAAAAUUAAAAAAAAAAAAAAAAAAAUCUUUAAAUAUAGAAUUACCAUCUGAGGAAUACAAAGAAGAAAUAAAAAAAAAUUCUUUAAUAAUUAAAAAAAAGCAAGAAAAUGAAAAACUUUCAUUAAUGAAAGAAUUUAAUAUUUCAGGAAAUAUCAAAAGAAAACACAUUAAUUUAAAAAAAAAUGAUAACCCAAAUCUUAUUAAAAAAAAAAAAGUUAUCAGUUCAUAA